GCCUCCGAGCGACAUAGUGAUACAAGAGCUGGGAGGCGGCUCCGGCACGGACCUGGGAGAACCUGGCCGCCAGCCCGCGAGCCAAUCUCUGUCCCUGCGGUCCGCCGAGGCUCGGAGCCAUCCAGCAACCCGGCGAGCGGCCUCAGGCCCCGCCAUGGGGAAGACCAACAGCAAGCUGGCCCCAGAGGUGCUGGAGGACCUGGUUCAGAACACCGAGUUCAGCGAGCAGGAGCUGAAGCAGUGGUACAAGGGCUUCCUGAAGGACUGCCCCAGUGGCAUCCUUAACCUGGAGGAGUUCCAGCAGCUAUACAUCAAGUUCUUUCCCUACGGCGACGCCUCCAAGUUUGCGCAGCACGCUUUCCGCACCUUCGACAAAAACGGCGACGGCACCAUCGAUUUCCGGGAGUUCAUCUGCGCUCUUUCGGUCACCUCCCGCGGCAGCUUCGAACAGAAACUCAACUGGGCCUUUGAGAUGUACGACCUGGACGGCGACGGGCGCAUCACGCGCCUGGAGAUGCUGGAGAUCAUUGAGGCUAUCUACAAGAUGGUGGGCACUGUAAUCAUGAUGCGCAUGAACCAGGACGGGCUCACACCCCAGCAGCGUGUGGACAAGAUCUUCAAGAAGAUGGACCAGGAUAAGGAUGACCAGAUUACUCUGGAAGAGUUCAAGGAGGCGGCCAAGAGUGACCCAUCCAUUGUGCUGCUGCUGCAGUGUGACAUGCAGAAGUAGAGAGCAGAGGCUAGUGAGGGGCAGGGCCCCUGGCCAGGAGGAGUGUGGCCACCUCCCAACCCCAUGACCUCUCUGGCUGGCCCUUCCCCAGGGGAUGGGGCACUCCAGCCUCACUCUCUGGCCCACCCAACCCUCUGCCCAAGCCUUUGUUCCCUUCAGUCAAGACCCUUGAGGGACCAUUUCACUCUGGAAAAGAGACAGAUCCUCAGGUAUCCUGUGGUCUAGUGCCACCCCCAGUCUUGGCCCACAACCAACAUCUACUGGGCAUGGGGAGGUAGCUUUUGCCUUGAGAGGCAGGGUUAAGGAGGAGGGCUGGGGUUCUCCUCUGAAAUUCUGUUCUUCCUGGCAUUAUGCUUUACAGGAUGUGGUCCCACAGACCCCAGUUAAAGGGCCAAAUUGGGUCUGUCCUUUGCUGAGGACCCAGAUCCCUUAAAGAUAGUCUCUGUCCGCCCCCUCGACUCUACCUGGCCCUUCUGGCCCCAGCCUUUAGAAAGUGCAUUCAGCCCUUUCUUCAGCUAACAUUUAUGGAGCACCUGUUCAGUGUGAGGCACCUCUAGGUGCUAAGGAUAUGGUAUAGUCUGCCAGACACGUUCUGUGCCCUCUGGAAGCUCAUAGAGUAGUGAGGCUGACUUCCAGUGGUCCAGGGUCUCAAACGGGGACACUGAACACAGCUGAGCAGAGGGUGCGGUAAGGUUGGUCAGUUCGAGAGAAACUUUCCGCUGAGUUCCACACAGAACUGCAGAGGGAUGGAAUGAAAAGUAGAAGUCUAGGAACCAUGUGAGUGGAAGUUUUAAGAAAAAUUGAAAUUUAUUGUAAUACUUAUUUUUUUAGUACCCUUUAAAAGAGCUAAAGUCAUUUUGUUAGUGUAGGGUAUGAAAACAUACUUUAUAUUACUUAGUUUUUUGUAAAAUGAUCAAAUGAAUAUAGACAAUGCGAAUUUUCAUGAGAAGAAAGAGGGAAAAUACCACCAAAUUUACCAGGUUAACGCUUUUUCUUAUCAGGCAAAGUCCUGAGCUGUCACUAUCAGCAAUUUCUGCUGCUUCCUUUAUAAUGAUCUUUUUCAAUUCAGUGAGCAGCUCUGUUGUAUACUUACUCUGGUUAGGUGCUGACUUCAGAAACAGAAAAAACAAGGUUGGCCAAGAGUGAGACCGUCUACGUUCCACAUCUUGGUAGUUCCUUUCUGGAUUUGGUCUAAUUUCAAGGAUGGGCUUGUUCUUUCAUUGCUACAGAAGCAGAAGGAGCUAGAAGAAGAGGACCACCUGGCCACUGUUUAGGCUGCCAGGCUGCAUUUAUGGACCAACUGCCUAAAAAUGUGGUGGGCAUGCUCCAUUUGAAAAGCUUUUUGUAACUCCAAAUCCUAAAUCCGCCAGGUAAUUCAUCGUCUUCCAAGUACACUGGCUUUGCUUUCCAACGUCUGCUUUCUGAUUUUUGGAUCCAUGAGCUAUACAGCUGCAUGCUUUGACUGCCAGAAAAUUCACCUUGCUUCUUCAUCAAGUUUUCCACUUUACUUUCUCUUGUACUUGUGAUCAGAAAUUAGCUUUGAUGUGCAGUGACAGCUGAUUUCCUCUUGAACCACUGGUGAAAACAGUCUCGUACACAGGUGCUGUCAGCCCAGGGUGGGACCAGGGAAUGGCUGCUGAGUCAGGGGGUGUGGGAUAGUAUCUGUAGGAAAACAAUGACGCAUGCGUCUUACUUCUGAGUGUUCACCUGUCCUCCUUCUCUGUAGGUAGAAACGCUUGAGGAUGCUGACCUUUGCUCCCCAACUCUGUUGGACCUUCCUUCUUGCUGCCCUUGGAGGUAGCCAGGGCACUGGGUUACUACUCUCUUUCUAGCCUGCCUACGACCAGCCACGUGGUAAGGCUGGGGAAUUCAUAUCCUCUGGCAGUAACUAGCAGGUUUUUAUCCAAUAAUGCCUCACAAGAUAUUCCAUUGCUCUCAGGAGCUAGCUAGCCAUUAGGUAUGUCUUGUGCUGUCAGUCAGCACCACAGAUACAGAUACGCAACAGCCUGACUCAGCUGACACUUCCAGUGGGAAGCUUUUUACAAAGUGGUGUUUCUGGCUCCCAAACAUUGAAUCUAACUUAAGGCCCAAUCCCACAGAACUUCAUGGCUUUCAAAGGCUUGCCAUCUACCCCAUCUCAUUCUAUCCCCACAGCCCGGGGAAAAGGAGAUUUUCAUUCCUAUUCUCCAGACUUGGAAACGGAGGCCCAGAGAGGGGGUCCCUUGUGCAAGAACACAGUCAGGAGGUGGCACAGUGCCAAGCCUUGAAGUCUCAGGCUCUAAGAGGGUUUCUUCCCUUAAGCAUCUCUUCCCUUUUCAUUCCUCUGACAGUUAUACAGAGGUUGACUGUGGGGCAAGCUAGGUUGGCUUUGGUCUUUUACAAGCUUCCUGCUAAGAAGUUUCUGAGGCUGUGGUCUUCCAAAAAGAAAUUAGGAGCUUGGUUGAAGUCCCCCUAUUGUCAAGCAUCUUGUUUUCUGCUUCUGGGCUGCUCUGCUAGCAGGUCAGUGCUGUCCUAGGAGGCCUCUGACUCAGAACCCUGGAAGCAUCUUCCUCUGUCUCUACCAUCAUCUUCCUCCCUAAGAGAACUGUUGUGUUUUUCUCCCCGCCAGCUGUAGGCAAGUCCUACCUGUGAGGGCAUAUUUGAUCACCCCAAGUUUCUGGACACAUACUCCUGGGUGAUAUUUGCUGGUCAGGCCAAAGGUUCUCAGACAGCCCAGCAGUGUUGAACACACAGUGUGAGGCCAGGAACCAGGACCACCAUCGAGCUGAUAGGAAGAGCCACAGGCAGGCCAGGCCUUGCUCCCACAUACUCCUGGAUGUCCCAAGGACUGUGUACUUGGGAGCUCCUGUGGUAGAGCACCGGCCAUGCUGUGAGAGGAGAGGCCAGCCUCCCACCUCUGCCCCCCAACUGGGAGAAACUUGUCACAGGACACAAGGUUAGCAGAGAUUGAAGUAUGACUCACAUAGACUCAAAAAUAUACAGACAGUUAAAACAUUGAUCUCUCCAAGCUCUCCUUGAAGUUCUGUAUCUUCUUGCAGCAGCUCUUGUGAAUUGAAAGUUUCCAGAAUCUGCCUUCUAACUGUAUUCUGUCCUCAUUCAAACUUUUGGACUAGUUGAUGAGCUCCUUCUUUCUCGUCUCUAAAACUCAUCAGCAAGGGCUACUUCAGAUGGCCACUCCAGCUGUAGUUAGGAUUACAUAACUUAAUUUAAAUCACAAGUUAAGAAAAAGGAAGUGCAUAAACAAAGACACGGAAUCUUUUCCUGAUGAUGGCAGAGUCCCUAGAGGUAGAAAUUCAUCCUGCUGCAGAGAAAGAAGGAGAGAAUAAGAGAAUAAGCUGGGGUUUCUAGGCAGGGGAGUAAGUUGACACUGUAAGUAUUUUUACAUAAAAAUUUGCAAAAGCAACAAAUAUUUCCUGAAGAUCCACCCUGUGCUGACUUUAGAGAUCACUGUGGGGGCAAAGAUACAUAUCUUACAUAUUUUAGUCAUGAUUUUUGAAAAACAUAUAAUUCAAAUCUUGCAAUUGAAAGUCUCAGAAAAAUAUGGGAUAUUCUUUCUGAAAUUUUCAGGGUUUUCUUCGACCUUUGCCAGAAUGUGGGGGCAGGACUGGGCUUCCCAGCGUGUCUGGCCCUUCCUGCUUGGUGAAGGCUCCAGGAGUGUGGAGGCCUGCGGAAGGAGGGGGUCUGGGUGGCAGAGGGGGACCUCCCAACUCAUUCUCCAGCAUGGCCCCCUCCCCUCUUCAGGUGUGCCCACAGUGACUGUCCUUAUUGUUCAACCCUGUGCCAUGUGGUGUGUUUUUUUUUCACUGACAGUGAAUAAAAGGUGUGACAGUGUU